GCCCUAGCACGACAACUGCACCAUGUACUCCUCCACGGCGCGUCUCACGGCGGCUACGUGGGAAAAGUCCAGAUCCGCGACAGCUUCGUAUCCGAAGCUUCAGUCCGCAGCAGCAGAUUCAGCCUCAAGUCUCCGGAGGGCAUGCAGAUCCGCAGACGCCACCUCGGCGCCUCACUCGACGGCUGCGUGGAAAGAGCCCUGACCCUCGGAGGCUCCCCUCGCGCAGCCGCACGCCGCCUGCCUUAGCCGUCACGACGCACGUGGGACGGAAAGGGCCGGCAAAGGAGAAGGAACUUGUGACUCCGAGGAGGCCAUCACAUCGACGGGCGAUUCCAGAUCUGCAGGCGAAGCUUUCCGAAGAUUUGACACCACCAAGGCCAAGGCGCCUCCGGGAGCGCAAUCACGUGGCAGGUGGCAUCCACACGCCUGAAGUGCGCCCGCGUGCAACACCCGAGCGGGACCCGCCGCGCCUGCGUCGCCUGCGGGGCAAAAGCCCCGACCCAAGGCGGCUUGCUGCACACCAGGGUGCCGACCUGGGCGUGAGCCGCGACCCCAUGUACCCUGGUGUGCUGAGGCGGAUCCUUUGCGUGCCGGCUUCUAGCAAGCCUGGGCCUGUGCCAGUUGCGCGCACUUUAUCGCUUCGGCUGGAGGAUCACGCGUGGCGUGUCGGGAAUGAUGAUCUGGACGAGGCCAGCAAGGCGCUCUUGGAGCUGCGCCGCAGCCUCGCUGCCAAGAAG